CUCGAGUUUAGCAGAGCAAGGUCCCCCCUCCGCCUGUAUUAUCAGCAAUAUAACAAUUAUAAAAAGCCCGAGAACCACCAUCAUCACCGCCAUAAAAAAAACGAGGCCCUCAGUUUUCUUUCCCUCUCCCCCUCCUCCUCCUCCCUCUCCCCCCUCCCGCUUUUUUAAACGCUGGGCCCUGGAAAAGCCAUGAAUUUUGAAUUUGAGAGGGAGAUCGGGUUUAUAAAUAGCCAGCCUUCGCUCGCAGAGUGCCUGACGUCUCUUCCCGCUGUCCUGGAGACAUUUCAAACUUCAUCAAUCAAGGACUCGACAUUAAUUCCUCCUCCUUUUGAGCAAGCCGUCCUCAGCCUGAAUCCUUGUUCCAGCAGCCAGGCAAGACCGAGGAGCCAAAAAAGAGCAUCUCAUGGCCUGCUCCAGCCCCAGCCCCCGGCUCCGGCACAGCCCGGCCCCUUGGCAGCCGAAUUCCCUUGGAUGAAGGAGAAGAAGUCGUCCAAGAAAGCUACCCAGGCUCCAUCCUCUUCUUCCUCUUCUUCCCCCCCAUCAUCUUCCUCGGUGCCGGUCCCUGCCGCGGGAUCUCCUGCAGACACCCAGGGGCUGGGAGACACCAGCGGCUCCAGGAGGCUCCGCACCGCCUACACCAACACGCAGCUGCUGGAGCUGGAGAAGGAAUUCCACUUCAACAAAUACCUCUGCAGGCCGCGGCGAGUGGAGAUCGCGGCUCUGCUCGACCUCACCGAGCGCCAGGUCAAGGUGUGGUUCCAGAACCGGCGCAUGAAGCACAAGAGGCAAACGCAGUACAAAGAACCCCCCGACGGGGAUCUCGCCUACCCCGGCCUGGACGAGGGCAGUGACCCCGCGGAGGAGGCCGAGGGGAGCCCCGGGCUGGGGCCGGUGCAGGAGCCCGGAGGGCCCCCCGGGAACGCGGAGCCGGUGGCGGGGGGCGAGCCCAGCGCCUGCCCCGGCAGCCGAGAGUCGCCUCUGCUGCCCGAGCUGAGCAUCUUCUCGGCAGAGUCCUGCCUGCAGCUCGCCGAGGGGCUCUCCCCCACUCUCCACGGCUCCCUCGAGAGCCCCGUCCACUUCUCCGAGGAAGACCUGGACUUUUUUACGAGCGCACUUUGUACCAUAGAUCUGCAACAUUUAAAUUUCCAAUAGCGGGCCCCUCUCUCCCCACACACCUCGUUUCUGGACGUUUCUCCCCCUUCCAGGGGCACCAGCCCCAACCGAGUCACUGCCAGAUCCCCCCCACUCGUCUGUGAGAGAAGGGGGGCACCCCCAAAACAAACCUCAAGCCAUUUCUCAUUCAAUCACCCC